CUCCCCGGCGCGGCUAUAAAGCGGCCGCGGCUCCGCCGCAAGGUGCGCGCUGCUGCCGUGCUCGCCCGUCCCGGCGCGCCGCUCGCCACGGCCGCCCCGCGCACGGCUGCCCGGUGCGCGCCGCCGCCCCGCCCGCCGGGCCAUGGACUCGGACGCCAGCCUGGUUUCCAGCCGCCCGUCCUCCCCGGAGCCCGAUGACCUCUUCCUCACGGCCAGGAAUAAAGGCGGCGGCGGGGGCUUCACGGGCGGCACCGUGUCCAGCUCCACGCAGAGCGAUUCCCCGCCGGAGCUGAGCGCCGAGCUGCGCAGCGCCAUGAGCGCUGCGGGGGUGGUGGUGGUGGACAAGCUGGGCUUCAAGUCCUCGUCGUCGUCCUCCUCCUCGUCCUCCUCUUCCUCCUCCAAGAAGGACAAGAAGCAGAUGACGGAGCCGGAGCUGCAGCAGCUGCGGCUGAAGAUCAACAGCCGGGAGCGCAAGCGGAUGCACGACCUGAACAUCGCCAUGGACGGGCUGCGGGAGGUGAUGCCCUACGCGCACGGCCCGUCGGUGCGCAAGCUCUCCAAGAUCGCCACGCUCCUCCUGGCGCGCAACUACAUCCUCAUGCUCACCAACUCCCUGGAGGAGAUGAAGCGCCUGGUCAGCGAGAUCUACGGCGGCCACCACGCCGGUUUCCACCCCGCCGCCUGUCCCGGCGGCAUGGGCGCGCACUCGGCGCCGCUGCCCGGCCACCCGGCCCACCCGGCCUCGCACCCCGUGCACCACCCCAUCCUGCCCCCCGCCGCCGUCUCCAGCGCCUCCCUGCCCGGCUCCGGCCUCUCGGCCGUCAGCUCCAUCCGGCCCCCGCACGGGCUCCUCAAGUCGCCCUCGGCCGCCGCCGCCGCCGCCGCCGCCGCCGCCCCGCUGGGCAGCGGCUUCCAGCACUGGGGGGGGAUGCCGUGCCCCUGCAGCAUGUGCCAGGUGUCGGCCCCGCCGCACCACCACGUCUCCGGCAUGGGCACCGCCAGCCUGCCCAGACUGGCCACCGACACCAAAUGAGUCCCCGCCGCGCCCCCGGCCCCGCCAGGACCUACAAA